UUAGGUUCCAAGACCCUGGAAACCUAGGAAGGCAGAAGACGAAUGAAGUUUAGAUCAUGUGGAGCCCUACCUUUUUUCUGUGGGAUGUUGGAUAUCCCUUAUAUACCUAUGGCUCUAUCUUCAUGAUUGUACUAAUUAUUUGGCAAGUGAAAAAGAGCCAGCAAGGAUUAAGGUUGGGACCUAACAGGAGCUGUUACCUGUGUCACCGAAGAGUCAGACAAAGGGCUAGAGAUAGAACAUCAAGAGCUAGGAAAGCUUCCCAGGAAGAAGCUGAGAAACCACGGAAGCUGCUCUCUCUCAUGAAAAGCCAGGGCUGGCUUCCUCAGGAGGGAAGUGUGCGGCGGCUCCUGUGUGCAGACCCCUGCUGCCACAUCUGCAAUGACGUGGCUCUGGAGAUUCAGCAACUGCUGGCUGGUGAAAACACCCUGAUGGCCCCCACUUUAGCAGGGGCAUCACAGCACUCCUCUUGCCUAGAGGCUUUGUCUACGUCUGGUGUCUCUGAGCCGAGUGUGAAGCUGCAUUCCAAGAACUCCAGAGGGCUUUCAUUGGCAUCGGUAACCCCCACAGUGUCACAAGUAACAGAUCAGAAAUCCUUAACCCAGACGGCUGCCCCAUCAACCGGUGCGGUCAGCAUCCAAGAUCACUGGGAUGAACACCUGCAGCUCAGGCAGGAAUUUCAACUGCCAGAUGUGUCCUUGGACUCGGAAGCUCUGUGCUCUUCAAGGCUUGAGGAGCCUGGGAUUCCUGUGAACCAGCAGGAGAGGGAAAAGAGCAACUCUGAAUUUGUCCUGGAGAAACAAGAAGCUCCAGAAGCUGGCUUGGGAGAGAAGACGAAGCGCUUCCUAUACUGGCUUAACCCCAAGAUGGAAGGCCAAGGGCAAGAGGAAUGUAUUCUCCUCUCUAACCCUGUGACAGUGGCCAAAGCUAAGACAAAAAAUGUUGAGAAGAGCUCAGACCUCACCAACAACCAUGUGGGAGAAACUAAGUCAGAGAAGACAACAGGAAAUCCCAAGGCCCAACCUCCCCCAACUGAGGAGGAAAGCCUGACCUUCUCUGAUGCCCCCAGUGCUCAGCCAAUCUGCUCCAACAACACUGCCUUCAGUUUUGCCAUUCCUGGGUCUUGUGCCACCUCUACCAGUGCCCUGAACACUGUCCUCAACUGA